ACUGGCGCUGGACGCGCGGCGGCGGGACUGGAGCCGUGCGAGGGGGGCGGCGCAGCCUGCGGCCUUCGGCGAGACUCGGUCCGCAAGAACCGCCCGCUCUUCCCUUGGUUUGGCCUGGAUAUCGGUGGGACCUUGGUCAAACUUGUCUAUUUUGAACCAAAGGACAUCACUGCCGAAGAGGAGGACGAAGAAGUAGAAAACCUCAAAAACAUCCGCAAGUACCUGACAUCAAACGUGGCCUACGGAUCCACAGGCAUUCGGGAUGUGCACCUUGAACUAAAGGACCUUACCCUGUGUGGACGUAAAGGCAAUCUGCACUUUAUACGCUUUCCUACCCAUGACAUGCCUGCUUUUAUUCAAAUGGGAAGCGAAAAGCACUUCUCGAGCCUCCAUACUACCUUAUGUGCCACGGGAGGUGGAGCGUACAAAUUUGAGCAGGACUUUCUCACAGUAGGCAUUUUUGGCUUGUAUACAAUUAGGAUUUGGCAGCGAAACUUUAAGCUUAAAGCUAGAAAUGCUUGCAACCUUUCUCUGCAGCCUCUCAGCUUUUCUAAGCCUUAGCUUAGACUGGAAUUAAACUCAGCUCAGGAAGCAGUGUGUGGAGUCACGUUCACAUCUCUGUGUUCUUAGGCUGUGUUCUUUCCUGAAAGCUCAUGCAACAUUUCUGUAACUCUAAAAUUGCUCCCUGCCCUCCACGCCAUGUGCUCUUACAGGGCUUUGUAUCACCACUCUGAUUACACUCAGCUCAGUGUUCUGUCUUCCUCAUUUCUGUGUGUUCCCAUGCUUAAUUUUCACUCUUUGUUUUGCUCCCAUAGCUUCGUUUCUAGCACGCAUUGUGCUGCUGAUGGAGGUUCAGGCAAAUAAGGUGGUGAAUUACCUGGAAGGGGUUAGCAGUUGGAGUUUGACAUCAUCACGUGGCUCCAUUAUCAUCAGUUAGAUUCUUGUUUAUGGGUGAAGUAUGUGUCUGCUAAAUAUUUAAACAAGGCUUGAAAAAUGUACCAAAUAAAGAGGCUUUUUAGGCACUCUCCAGGCAGUGACAUAAGGGAAGAACAAUCUUGAUUUCUCCUGCUUUGCUUUUUUUUCUUUUUUU